UCCAGAUCAUUCUUUGCCUAUUUGGUGCCGCUUGAAGAACUCGUGAACACGCUGAAAAUUUUCAAAUAAAAUGGAAAGCUACCAGUUGAACUACAACAAGAUGGAAGACAAGUCUAUAUUUACGACGGCCAAUGAUAAUUUAGUAUCAUCUACGACACCAACAGAAAGCUUCGCGCCGUCUGACAAUAGAGGCACCAUCAAGGGCCACAGCAGCGUGUUCUCCCCGCUCGCUCAGCCGUUCCAGAGCCGCAUGUCUGGAUUAGUGGGGAUGGUGGCGCCGCAGGAGCCCCGCGUGGCCGAUGUUGCACCUACAAGCACUGGAUUGGAAGAUGCUCUGGCAAAUUUUCGCAUCGGCAGCUCUGAAACACAUAGUACGAGCCUGUAUGAUGAGCCCGUGGAACAGAAUAACCACAACUAUUUUAUGGGUUGCAGGUCUGAGACUAGUGAAUCGACUCCUGUGAACAUUUGGAAUGAAACUUCUUCUAUAAAGAGCAACGAUAAUAAUAUGUUUGACAGCUUUGAAUUUUUCUUAAAAACGUUGUCUUCAGCCAACACGUAUGCGUCGAUGCUGACUCGAGAGCAGCUGUCGGUGCUGCAGGCGAUCCGCCCCAGUUUGCUUUUUGAAUUCCUGCAGGAAGUCGCAAGAGUGCGCAAUGACAAGCGCAUGCAACGAGCGCUACCGCAUGAAUGCGCGUUCUGCAAGAACAACGGCGAGAACGAGGAGAAGUACGCAUCGCAUGCGUUGAAAGAUUGGCGUGGACGCGUGCAGUGCCCCGUGCUGCGCGCCUUCCGCUGCCCGCGCUGCGGCGCCACCGGCGACUACGCGCACACCAUCAAGUACUGCCAGCUCAACCAGAACGGCUUGGACCGUCGCCGCUUUUCUUCCAGUUCGUUCGUGAUAGGCAACGGCUCCAGGGUGUCGGCACCCACCACUCCGGUACAGUCGCCGUCGGCUAAUUCGUCUUUCAGCAACUCAUCAUACUGGUCUAAUUUUAGCAUUAACUAAACUGGCUAAGAGCCCGUUCACACAAUAUGGUCUCCGUUUUCCUAGUCCGUUUUAUCGGAUAAGUUUUUUUUCAUCGAUGGCGCAUGGAGUUGUAUAAGCGACUUCACAUAUAGUAUACAAUAUUCGGUAUACAGUUUAAAAAAACGGUCCGGUAAAUGAAGACAUUCCGUUUUGUCAUCGAAUAAUGGAUGAAAAAUACGUAUCCGUCAAGUUUCCGUAUAAUUUUACCGGAUAGACACGACAACGUGUGGCCUGUGGCCUAAUUCAAUAUAGUUUGGUCUUUAUUAUCAACCUAUAAUUGAAGUGGACAAAAAGUGUCGUCUACAUAGGUACUAUUAUGAUAUCUACCGUAAGCACCGGAUGAUAUUUGUAAUUUUUAUCUUAUAUAAAUCUGUACAAGGUGUCAUAGUAUAUGGAUGACAUUUUUUCAAUUGAUUUGUUUUUUAUAUGUUGUUGAAAAUCAGUAAUGACGGAUACGUUGAACGUAGACGGUGCCUAUGUAUGAACAAAGCAUAGCUUUUUGUUGGAUCCGAUAUAAUGGGUACACGGAGACUAGUGUGAACGCACUCUUAAAUGUAUUAGGCUGGACCAAUCAAGCCAAUUCAAAAUCGCUAAGCUUGAUUUCACUUUUUUAUUUAUAAACUCUCCGUUUACAAAUAUGACUAGGUAUUAUUGAAAAAAAAGACAUAUUUCAAGCUUGACGAUUUGAAUUUACCGACCAUAUAUAGUUAUCUGGCCUAAAAAUAUAAUUAGGUAGGGGCUACACAGAUUUGCGAUGAAAGCUUUUUCAUAGUGUGGGGAUAGUGGGAUAUUGGCGCAGUGGUAUGCGCGAUGAAUAUACAAGACGGAGGUCCUGGAUUCGAUUCCCAGCUGGGCUGAUUAAGGUUUUCUUAAUUGGCUGGUGCGAGGCUUCGACCGUGUUUAGUUACUCUACCGGCAAAGACGUAUCACCAAGCGAUUUAGCGUUCCAAUACGAUGUCGUGUAGAAACCGAAAGGGGUGUGAAAUUUUCAUCCUCCUAUCAAGUUCGCCCGCUUCCCUCUUAGAUUGCAUCAUCACUUACCCUCAGGUGAGAUUGUAGUCAACGGCUUACUUGUAAUUAAUAAAAAAUCUUUUUAUUGCUAUUAUUAAGAACUUAAUAAAAUUUCGGAACUUUAUAGUGAUGGUAUAGGUUAAUCAUCAAAAACACCCACACAUUUCGGAGGCCUGUGUAAUGGUCAAGUACCCUACCUAAUUGAAAUUUUAGUCCUUCUUUAUUUCUUAUUUUUUUUUUCAUUUUAGAAUUUGAACUAUUAGUGUUAUUCAUAUUAAUUUAUUAUAAAAGUCGGCUAAAACUCAGAACGGAACAGAACGGAAAAUCAGGCGCAGUACCGUCUACGGUUGACUAGGAUUAUCAUUUGACGCUCUGUAGGAUUUGGCGCCUGGAGCGACUGCUCCGUUCGCCGUAUGGACGGGCCGGCUCUGCUCAUGACUAAGGGCCCCGUGUGGGUUCGAAACUAGUCGGGCCUACUCCGACGUUGUAUCACAUGAGUUUUGGCCGCGUUUUAUAAUAAAUUAAUAUUUUUUUUUAGUAGGAUUAGUAUCUAUAAGGAAACGAGUUAUUGUUUUACAAUAACCCGUAAGUAUAGAAGUUCUAUAGAGCUCAUAAGUAUCUUUAUAGUAAAAAAGGACUGUAUCCACAAAAGUCGGAACGUCAAAAUGUAAGUUAGUAGCCUUACCCAUCUCUUGGUAGGUAGUUCGUUUAUUUUUAUAAUUAAUAAAAUUAAUAAGUUGCUUCCAGGAAAUAGGUACAAUAUUUUAACUUUAUUUUGUAAUUUGACACUCAUAACUACAAGAACGUGUCAUUUUUCAGAUGAUGGAAAACCAUUUAUUUGUACUAUGUAUUCUAUAUAAAUAGCUACCCCGACCUCUUCAAAAUAAAUAAAUAAUUUGGACAAUAUACCUACCACCCACUGGAAAACGCUUCACAUUUUGCAGUUGCGGGAAAACCAGAAAGCACAACUAAGUACCUAUAUGUUUGUUCGAAAAUAAAAUAUUGAUUAUAUAUAAUAUAUACCUAUAUAUAAUUAAAUAUAUUCUAUGGAUCCGAUCGACAACUUGAUCACGUGACCUGUCGAUAAUGUGCCAUUCCCAUACAUAUUUUCGUUUUCGUAAGCGUUAGCGUUUGUAGAAAGAGAAUGGACGUACCAUAUGGCUACAGGCCCAGGUAAUAAUACUUAACUGACAAUGUGACCCUUUUAGGAUUAGGGUUCGGGUUAGUGACUGACACAAAUUAGUGAUACUGUACCUUCUGGUUGCAACUUAUCUAGUGUGUAUGACGUAUGCUAUGUUAUUAUCAUUUUGUACUGCUAUUUAAUAUUC